CCGCCUCUCUCUCUCUCUGUUGCAUUCAGCUUCUCCCUCAUCAUCAUCAUCAUCCAUCAUCGCCAUCGUCAUCGUUCAUCUACUUGCCCCCCACCCCAUCUAUUAUAUAUAUUAAUCCAGCCCUAGGAUUCUCCUCCGGAAAUGAGUCAGGUCCCCACCAAGGACAAGGAUUCGGACUCCCCCUCGGACGACGCCCUCGCCGGCCCCGACGACCCUCGGUCGCUUCCUAACGUUAACCCCACCAAGCCCACCACCGAGAAGCAGCAGCCGCCCGACAACCCCUCCCCGCCGGCUGACGACGAGGAAGAGGGGUGCCCGGAUCACGCCGGCGCUAGGGCAGGGGAACCCAUGGAGGAGGAUCUCGUCGGCCCCGCCACUGUCUUCUCCAUCCGCCUCAAGCAGCCCCGCUCCAAUCUCCAGCACAAGAUGAGCGUCCCCGAGCUCUGCCGCAAUUUCAGUGCUGUUGCAUGGUGCGGUAAGCUGAAUGCUAUAGCUUGUGCAUCCGAAACUUGUGCCAGAAUUCCAAGUUCUAAUGCAAAUCCACCAUUCUGGAUUCCCAUUCAUAUUGUGAUUCCUGAGAGGCCUACUGAGUGUGCAGUAUUUAAUGUUAGAGCAGAUUCUCCGAGGGACUCGGUUCAGUUUAUUGAAUGGUCCCCUGCUUCUUGUCCUCGUGCUCUGCUGAUUGCUAAUUUCCAUGGGAGCGUAACUAUCUGGACUCAGCCAUCUCAAGGACCUGCCAAUGUGGUACGGGAUGCUAGUUGCUGGCAAUGCGAACAUCAGUGGCGACAAGACAUUGCAGUUGUGACUAAGUGGCUAUCUGGAGUGUCUCCGUAUAGGUGGCUUUCAUCAAAAUCUAGUUCUACGGGCGCAAAGUCAACAUUUGAGGAAAAGUUUCUUGCACAACAGUCCCAAACUUCAGUUGAACCUUUUGCAGAUAGAUGGCCCAAUUUUCUAUGUGUAUGCUCAGUCUUCUCUUCAGGAUCCGUUCAGCUAAAUUGGUCUCAGUGGCCCCCUAGUCAAAAUGGUGCUGCACCAAGGUGGUUUCACACAAGCAAGGGACUCUUGGGAGCUGGACCUAGUGGUAUCAUGGCUGCUGAUGCUAUAAUUACAGACAGCGGGGCCAUGCAUGUUGCAGGCGUUCCAAUUGUGAACCCUUCUACUGUUGUCGUGUGGGAGGUCACUCCUGGUCCUGGAAGUGGAUUACAAGCAAUCCCAAUGGCGUCUGCUAACCAAGGGGUGGUCCCACCUUCAGUCAAUCCGCCCAAUUGGGCAGGUUUUGCCCCUCUUGCUGCAUAUUUGUUCAGUUGGCAAGAGUACUUGAUAUCUGAGGCAAAGCAAGGCAAAAAGCAAACUGAUCAAGAACUAACUGACUCAGUAUCUCUUCACUGUUCACCUGUUUCAAACUUUUCUGCCUAUGUGAGUCCUGAAGCUGCAGCACAAUCUGCAGCAACCACAACAUGGGGUUCUGGAGUUACCGCUGUUGCUUUUGAUCCUACUUGUGGUGGUUCAGUGAUAGCGAUUGUUAUAGUUGAGGGGCAGUAUAUGUCCCCUUAUGAUCCCGACGAAGGUCCUUCAAUUACUGGAUGGAGAGUACAACGUUGGGAAUCAUCUCUUCAACCUGUUGUUCUCCAUCAUAUAUUUGGAAAUCCAAGUUCCAGUUUUGGUGGACAGGCACCAAUGCAAACAGUAUGGCAAUCAAAGGUGGAUACAAGUAUACCACCAACAAGUGAUUUUAAAGGUCACCAAGCGUCCGCUCCUGGACCAACAACUGAUGUUCAAAAGACGUCUGAUUCCAGCGUGGAAAAUGGAAAAAGAUUGUCUUUUGAUCCCUUUGACUUGCCAAGUGAUGUUCGAACUCUAGCACGAAUUGUGUAUUCUGCACAUGGUGGUGAGAUAGCUAUUGCUUUUCUUCGGGGUGGGGUCCACAUCUUUUCUGGUCCAAAUUUUUUUCGUGUGGAUAACUAUCAGAUCAAUGUUGGGUCUGCAAUUGCUGCUCCUGCCUUCUCUUCAACAAGUUGCUGUUCAGCUUCUGUUUGGCAUGACACUAAGCGGGACCAAACUAUAUUGAAAAUUAUCCGUGUUCUUCCUCCUGCCGUCCCUAGCAGUCAAGUGAAGGCCAAUUCGACAACCUGGGAACGUGCAAUUGCUGAGAGGUUUUGGUGGAGCCUUCUGGUUGGUGUUGAUUGGUGGGAUGCUGUUGGUUGUACACAGAGUGCUGCUGAGUGUGGGGUUGCUUCGCUUAAUAGUGUUAUUGCCGUCUUGGAUGCGGAUUUCCACUCUCUUCCUUCUACUCAGCACAGGCAACAGUAUGGACCUAGCCUUGACAGGAUAAAAUGUAGGCUCCUGGAAGGCACCAAUGCCCAGGAGGUCAGGGCAAUGGUUUUAGAUAUGCAAGCCAGGUUGCUGCUGGAUAUGUUGGGAAAAGGAAUUGAAUCAGCAUUAAUAAAUCCUUCAGCCUUGGUAUCAGAGCCAUGGCAAGCAUCUUCCGAUAUGUUGACUAGAAUUGAUCCCGAAGCAAUGGCUGUUGAAGCUGCACUUGUUCCCACUGUUCAGGCAUACGUCGAUGCAGUUCUUGAUCUGGCUUCGCAUUUCAUCACGCGUUUGCGUCGUUAUGCAAGUUUUUGUCGAACAUUGGCUAGUCAUGCUGUUAAUGCCGGAACAGGAAGCAAUCGGAAUAUGGUGGCUAGUCCAAACCAAAGUUCAGCUUCUCCAGCGACGAGUCAGGGAGGUCAAAGUGGUAGUGCAAGUUCUACUGGAAGCACCCAGAUGCAAGCUUGGGUACAGGGUGCUAUUGCUAAGAUUAGUAGCACCAAUGAUGGAACUCCCAAUUCAGCUAUAAACCCAAUCAGUGGUCCUCCAUCCUUUAUGCCGAUUAGUAUCAACACAGGAACUUUCCCGGGGACACCAGCUGUUAGGCUGAUUGGGGACUGCCAUUUCCUCCACAGAUUAUGCCAACUUCUUCUCUUUUGUUUCUUCUUUCGGAGAACUCAGCUUCAUCGAUUUACCACUGGUGGCCAAAGGAGUAGUGAGUCUACUGCACAAAAGCCCCAAGCAGGUGCUCCUGGGAAGACCGAAGAGAUCAAUUCAGUGUCCUCAAAGCCAAAUCCAGUUAUAGCUAGGGCAGAUGAGAGUCAGGCAGCUCGAGGUGGUCAGUUAGUAAGUGGGGCAAAAGGUGGAGAAGAUGGUGGUGGUUCUGGUCGGUCAAGAUUGGGAUCCGGGAAUGCUGGUCAAGGAUACACAUUCGAAGAGGUGAGAGUCCUCUUCCUGAUACUUAUGGAUCUCUGCCGGCGGACAGCUAGUCAUCCACAUCCCUUGCCAGGGUCUCAGGUUGGAAGUAGCAACAUACAGGUUCGGUUGCAUUAUAUUGAUGGCAAUUACACUGUGUUGCCAGAGGUCGUAGAAGCGUCCCUUGGUCCACAUAUGCAGAAUAUGCCUCGACCUAGAGGUGCAGAUGCUGCGGGUUUGUUACUCCGUGAAUUGGAACUUCACCCGCCGGCAGAAGAGUGGCACAGGCGGAAUAUGUAUGGUGGGCCGUGGUCUGAUCCUGAUGAUGUCGGUUCCAUGGACGAUAAUGUGAAGCUUGGAAGUUCCGCAGUUGGUUUGAUCAAUGCCAAUCCAAUGGAAAAUUGCAAUACUUAUCCUGGGGUCUACAGUCUCUGGCCAAAGAAGCGGAGGAUGUCUGAGAGAGAUGCAGCUUUUGGGCUGAACACUUCUGUGGGCUUGGGCGCAUAUCUUGGUAUAAUGGGCUCUCGGAGAGAUGUAAUCACUGCUGUAUGGAAGACAGGUCUUGAAGGGACUUGGUACAAGUGCAUGAGGUGUUUGAGGCAGACUUCGGCUUUUACUCCACCAGGUGCUACAAACUCACCUAAUCUAAACGAGCGGGAAAUUUGGUGGAUAAGCCGAUGGGUUCACGGGUGCCCCAUGUGCGGUGGAACUUGGGUUCGAGUUGUAUAGAAGAUGACUUAAUCUGACUCCUGCUUUUAGUAGUUUGCAGGUUGUGAAGCAACUUAAACGAACUUCCUCCAUGUCGAAGUGGAAACUCCCUGCCGAGUAGCCUGUGGCGAAUAAUUCGAGAUUUUGAAUGGACUUUUAAGGGAUGGCUGGACUUUUUCGUUUUCUUGAUUUGUUAGAUGAUUUGGGAGGGUGAUGUAAGGAAACACUAGCACAAAAUACCUUGGACUUGUCUGUAUAUCGUCUGAUUUGAGUCUAAGCGAGGCCACUGUAUUAUUUCUUUGGCCUCUUUUAGGAAGUGUACAGAAAAGUUUAGCAGAAAAAAACAGAUCGGUAGAAAUCGAUGAGAAUCAAUAGAUAUUCCAGGCAUUUGUCGUGUGAGUUAGGCGAUGUACAUGUUAUUGGUUAACUUUGCACUGCUGCAACUGAGUUAGCAUAAUGAAGUAUUUUUUCUAAAUUCAAGUGCA